ACAGAAGAAGACGGCUGCAAACGCAGAAUCUCGCGAGCGUUGAACUUUUGCAAGUUUUGCGUGUAUUCCAUUAAAACGUUUAGCAUCUUGUUUAUGUCUAAGAUUAAAAUAUAGCUGGAAGUGAGGAAGCUGUUACAGUACCGCGGGAAAGUCUUUCGACUGAACAAGCGGAAAGAGAAAUGUAAAUAGUAUGGCUGCUGAUCAGUUUUGUCUCCGGUGGAAUAACUUCCAAAUUAACAUAACCUCAGCUUUGGAAAGCUUGAAGAGUGAUGAGGAUCUGGUGGAUGUGACACUAACAUGUGAUGGACAGAAUGUCAAGGCUCAUAAAGUUAUACUCUCAGCCUGUAGUCCUUACUUCAGGAAUGUUUUCAAGGAGAAUCCGUGCCAGCAUCCAGUGGUAAUACUUAAAGAUGUCCGAUAUGAAGAUGUCCAGGCACUUCUGAGCUUCAUGUAUCAAGGUGAAGUUUACAUUUCACAAGAUAGGCUGGCACCAUUCCUUCAUACAGCAGAAUUGCUGCAAGUACGAGGUCUUGCAGGUGCUGCUAAUCCAUUCAGAGAAACACAGCAGCAGCAGUCACCUGCACCACCACCACCGCCGCCACCACCAACAGCACUGCAACCUCAGGUGACCACAUCUCAUUCAAAGCAACGCAAACCAGUCUCCUUACCUUCAGUCCCACCCCCUGUUUCUCCACACCUCCACACACAUACUCGCCCAAGUUUACCAGCAUCACCAGCCUUCAUCACAUCUGAGCAGCCAGCUACAGUAUCACCAGAGUUACCAGUUCCUGUGAGUGUUUCACCUACUCUCUCUCAGCCAUCAAGCCCUCAGCAUGAUGAUACUCCUGUACCACUGUCCAAAAGGCGCAAAGCAUUCCCACGCCGCUUUGCAGUUACACCCAUACCACCACAGUUGUCCUCUCAGGAGGAAUUCUCUGCUCCUCCACAUCAGACUGCUUCACAGACUCCUGCAGUUCCAGACAGCCCACUGCAUGACCUGCCUGUCACAAUAAAAAAGGAACCAAUAUGUCAGGAUGAGGGGGAUAUACAGGAGGAACAGACUGUCAGGGGAAUGGAUGGGAACGGCAGCCCGUCAGCUUCUGGUGCGUCAGAAGAUACAGACUGCUUUGGAAGCAAUUUGGGUGAUGAGGAUUCUCGUGGAGUGCCACUGAAGGAAGAAAGUAGAGGCUCAUCUCCUCCAGCCUCUCAGCAACAGAGCAUGCUCAUGCGGUCAUUGUCUGGGGCACCACCACAGCAUACUGCUGUGCAUGAAGGCUGCGGCUUUCCCGAAGAAGCCGAGCUGCGCAUGCGCGCUUCGUGGUGGCGACGACUCCUGUGGCUGCAACAGACUGCUGGUGCGGCCGCCGCGGCCGCUGAAGAUCCAGCCGCAGGGGCCGCGAGUCGUCUGCCACCAGUUUCCCGGAGUCGACCCGCUGCACCCCAUCGGCGACGUCUGCUCCUGCGGCCACAAGUUUGUGACGCCCGCCGACCAGCAGCGGCCGUACUGCCCGCACUGCAGCCGCCACCGCCAGCCGCAGCCGCACCGCCUGGGCCUGCCCUCUGGAGAGGCGGCGCUGGAGAGCCGUGCGUGCACUACCGCGACGCCGACGCCGCGCCGCCGCCGCCCGUCGACCCGGUCAGCCUGUCGCUGGCGUUCGGGCUGGCGCAGCGCCGCGGCGUCGCCGUCCGCGAGGAGUCGCUCGCCUUCGGGCCCCGGCAGCUGCCGCGCGACGGCCAGGUGCGCCGCACCACGCCCGACGUGCCCGAGGAGGGCCUGCAGGCGUUCGACAAGCAGGUCGUCGAGCUCAGGGUGGUCAGUCCCAACUCUACCGGACUUGACACGGACCCACUGGCUCCAGUGACUCGUUACAGUGUAAUCAUGUAA